CCAUCAUUUUGGGGUUCGGGUGGCUACGACUCUCCUCUUAUCUCUCUCUCUCUCUCCAACCCCACUCCAUCUCGUAUUAGAUCUUCGGCAAGCGGGAGAAGAGGAAGAAAGGAAAACGAUAGAGAGAGUAUACAAUGGCAGCAAGGAUCGUGUUCCCGACGUUUGGCCUCGUGGCUUCCCGGCCAAAAUUCGGCGAAUUUCAAGCGAAAAACAGACGGCUUCAAGUCCGAAGUUCGUCGGAGGCCUCACCGGAGACGGUCGUGGAGAGCCCCUCUGAAGACGCUUCUUCUUCUGCAUCGUCGUCCGUGGUGGGCAAGUCACAGGGUUUCUCCUCUCUCAUAACAGCAGACAACGUCCAGAAGGCGCUCCGAGGCAUAGCCAUCACGACCGUCGAUCAUUACGGCAGGCUUGACAUCCCCCGAGGGGCAUCCUACGAUCAGGUCAAUGUUGCAUACAAGAGGAAAUGCGAGGAUCUGAUGUAUCGUGGACUCGACGAGGAGCAGGCCGAGCAGGAACUCGCACUAUUGAAGGAAUCUUAUGCAAUCCUAUCAUCUGAAGAAGAGAGAAGAUUAUAUGAUUGGAGUAUAGCAAGAAGCGAGAAACCUGACCGUUAUGUUUGGCCAUUUGAAGUAGACAUAACACAGACUCCUACUGAGCCUCCUCCCCCUCAGGAGCCGGAGGAUGUUGGACCAACCAGGCUAGUAGGUUAUUUCCUCGUAGGGUGGUUCGUGUUAUCCAUUGUACUGUCAAUUGAACUCAACAGGUAACCGAAGAAAAGAAAAAAUUGUGUUGUAUCUAUUCAAGAUGAAUGAGAGACAGAAAGAUUGUUCACGAGCUGACUCGUGUUUACAUUAUAUUAUCUCAUUUUGGCAGUCAA